AACUAAUAUCCAUGGCAGAUGUAUAACUUUCUAAUAUUCAUUUAGCCCAUCAAAAUUGUGAUGUGCAUUCUUUGUUGCCCAUAGUGGUUCAGUUACUACUCAUUUUUGCAUAAUUGUGCUAGAACUUGUGAUAUCACAUCAAAAAGUAACAGUUAUAUUUCAUAUUCUGUAGUCUUCAAAAGCAUUGGAAGUACACUUUGGAAAGUUCUGUUUGUCCUAUUUAUGGCGUUUUGCGGAUUCGAACUAGUGAAUUGUGUAUUAUGCAUAGUGGGAUGUGUUCAUUGCUUCGGAACUCCAUUUUAGGUUUCAUUUUCAAUAAUAAUACAAAGGCUUAUUAAGGAGGCAGCACUUGGGUCGACUCAUUUCAUAAAAUGGUACUCGAACCUAGUUGUGAUUUUGAAGGGAAAAUAAGUGACAUUCUUGGGAAAAUGUUUAAACAUUGAUUAUAAAUAUUGCAAAAAGC